AUUCACUUCAGUUUGUGUGAAAACGGCGUGUGGCGCGAUACUGAGCUCAGAAUUAAUUACCAGAAUUAAAAGUAUCUGUGAUUGCAAAUUGUGAAAGCGAAAUUAAAAAAUUUUGUAAAAUAAAAAUUUAUUACAAAACAUUACACUUAACGAUAUACAUUAAUAAUUUUACAAGAAAGUUGAAGACUUGAAAGGAUCAAUAUGCAAAGACAACAAUCUUUCGACAAGCCAACUCGUAUAGAAGGUUCAUCCUAUAUAGUAGAAGGCAUAGAGGCGCAAGAAGCACGUAAUACUUGCUUGCUAUUCUCACCAAAAGAACAAAGCAGCGGCUCUCUCGCCAAAAGUCUGAAGAUUUUCAAGAAACAUGACAUCAAUUUGGUGCACAUAGAGUCACGAUCAUCUGUACGUGUGCCUGGUUAUGAAUUUUUUGUGGAAAUCGACAGUACCUCAGGUUCACUUGGAAAAGCUAUUGAUGAUUUGCGUCAACAAUGCAGCUACUUCAAUAUUAUAUCAAGAGAUUAUAGGGAUAAUACAUCUGCUGUACCAUGGUUUCCACGUAGAAUACGUGACUUGGAUCGUUUUGCUAAUCAGAUCUUGAGUUAUGGCGCUGAGCUUGACUCUGAUCAUCCUGGCUUUACUGAUCCAGAAUAUCGUGCUAGAAGAAAAUAUUUUGCUGAUAUUGCUUACAAUUAUAAACAUGGAGAGCCUUUACCGCAUGUAAAUUACACCAAAGAAGAAACAGAAACUUGGGGAAUCAUUUUCCGGAAUCUAACAAAGUUGUACAAAACUCAUGCAUGCAAGGAAUAUAAUCAUGUGUUCCCAUUGUUGGUUGAUAAUUGCGGCUUUAGAGAUGAUAAUAUACCACAGUUGGAGGAUGUUUCAAACUUUCUUAAAGAUUGCACUGGCUUUACUUUACGUCCAGUAGCUGGUCUAUUAUCAUCUCGCGAUUUUCUUGCUGGUCUUGCCUUUCGUGUUUUCCAUUCUACACAGUAUAUUCGUCACCCUAGCAAACCAAUGUAUACACCGGAACCAGAUGUUUGUCAUGAACUUUUGGGACAUGUGCCACUUUUCGCUGAUCCUGCAUUUGCACAAUUCUGUCAAGAGAUUGGUUUAGCUUCUUUGGGAGCUUCUGAUGAAUAUGUUGAGAAAUUAGCAACGAUAUUCUGGUUUACUGUGGAGUACGGAAUUUGUCGUCAGGAUGGUGAUUUAAAGGCUUACGGCGCUGGAUUAUUGUCUUCAUACGGUGAACUACAGUAUUGCUUGACUGACAAACCAGAACAUAGAGAAUUUGAGCCAACUGUAACUGGUGAAACCAAGUAUCCAAUAACAAAAUUCCAAGAAGUUUAUUAUGUGGCCGGAAGUUUUGAAUGUGCUAAGGAAAAAACAAUUAAAUUUGCUAACUCGAUACCACGUCCUUUCGGUGUUCGUUAUAAUGCCUAUACGCAGAGUAUUGAAGUUCUGGACUCCAAGCAUCAAGUUUCCAAUCUGAUGAACAUCAUCCAUUGUGAAUUCCAAAUACUUCAAAAUGCAGUGGAAAAAUUAAGAGUUUAGUUAAAUAAGAUAAUAUUUCAAAUAAUUAAUAAUUAUUUAAAUUUAAUUAGAUUUAGAAUU